CUCCGGAGUGUUUCAUAGACGGACCACAUCUCAUACAUGCCCGUGAGGUCGUCCUCUGUGCUGUAAGGUGUUGAUUUUCUCCCCUCUGGUCUAAAACUGUUCUGAUUGAUUUAAUAAUAAUAUAUAAUUAAGGAUUUAGAGGAUGACAGCCAGAGGGACGUCGAGCCGCUUCCUGCAGAGUGUUCUUCGUAAUGGAGUCGGACGUUACGUCUGUCAGCUCAAACGGGUUUCACUCAUCUUCUCCAAGAAGGCUCAGGGCUCUUUAGGAGUCAGGGAGUUCAUAGAAGAAGGUGUGGUGGAUUACGCCAAGAAUAACCCUUCAACUGUUGUGUAUGUGUCUCCUCAGUCGAGCAGGAUACCCAAGAUAGUUGCCGAAUACAUGAACGGCAACGUGAGGGAGGAAGUAGUCACAAACAAAUCAUCUCUGCAGAUUUCAGAGCUUUUGACCAAACUGACCAAUCAGUCUGGCCUGGACAUCAUCCGCAUCCGCAAGCCUUUCCACACGGACAGCCCCAGCAUCCAGGGCCAGUGGCACCCAUUCACCAACCGGCCUCCUUCAAUCGGCCCCAUCAGACCACAGACACAGGACUCUCAAUAAGGACUUACCAAACUUUGAUGUUUCCACAAAGCAAGACUUUAAUUUCUGCUCCUUCCUGUAAGAUACGUCCCUCUUUGUUUCAAAGUGUCUGCCUUCUAAAUUAAACCAGUUUGCGUCUUCAGUUUUCCUGCAUAUUCAUCAAGUAUUCAGCAAACUAUUUAAUGAGUUUUUCUUCGCCAUGCCCUUCUGUCUGCUGGUGGCCCCUUAAGCUGUGCAGGAAAGAGCACACAGCACCAGCUCUGAAUGCCACAUUUGAAUAGACUUUACAAGAAUCCACCAGAGGCUUGUCAGCUGGCAUUAUUAAAAAGCACCUAACUGGUUCUAAUCUCAAGGAUAUUUGAGGAUUUUUUUGUAAAAGGUGCAGCAGCACUUGGGAGAUGUUGGGAGAGAAAUAAAGAAGUGUUUUUUGUUCAAA